AUGAUUGCAUAUUUCUUGUCUGUGCUUGAUUCUGACGAAGAAUUUCGGACCAGAAGGGCUCUCUUCAAGGGACUUUUGAUCGAGAAUCGUCAUGAAACAUUCGAAACAUUUUUUGCUCAAUUUCCUGUGAUCUACAUUGACUUUCUGAAUACCCCUGUAGAUAACAAUACUUGGAAUUCGAUGUAUAAAUGUCUACAGGAUCUUAUCUCGAGUGUUUAUCGCAGACACUCGUAUGUUUCUUCUAGUUUGAAUUCAGCUCGCCAAAUAGUCUUUCAACAAAUAAUAGAGUGUAACAGAGAUUUAUCUCGGAAAGAAUGGGAAGAUGCAUUAAAAGCGCUCUCUUGUUAUCUCUGCAAAUUUCAUGGUAAACCGAUAAUUGCGCUCGUUGAUAAUCUUGAGAUUCCAGUGCAAAUAUCCAUAGACAAAGGAUAUUUUACUGAAGCAAAUAGGUUUAUAAAAAACAUGUUCAGUGAGUUUUUAAAGGAAAACCCAUAUUUGGAUAAAGCAAUGGUGGCCAUUGUAGACACUAGCAACAAGAAGUUGGAUAAGAUUCUUCCUGCCAAUGCUUGGGAAUACUCACUGCCAUCAAGCGAUCGAGUGUUUCAAUAUGGGUUUGGUUUUACAGAAACUGAUCUGAUUACAUUAGCGAAAGUGUUUAAGGUUGUAGAUAUUGAUGACAUUAUGAAGAAAACUCUUCAAUGUAAAACAGGAGUAAAGCCUAAGAUAGCUCUGUACAAUCCACAGGCUGUAUGGAGAGAAUUGUAUUUACGACUCAAUAAUAUGUAA